UGUGUGUGUGUGUAGGUUGUGGACACGCCUGGUAUCCUGGACCACCCUCUGGAGGACAGGAACACCAUCGAGAUGCAGGCCAUCACGGCUCUGGCCCACCUGCGAGCGGCGGUCCUUUACGUCAUGGACGUGUCGGAGCAGUGCGGCCACAACCUGCAGCAGCAGCUGGAGCUCUUCAACAGCAUCAAGCCGCUGUUCGCCAACAAGCCUCUCAUCGUCGUGGCCAACAAAUGUGACGUGAAGAAGAUCAGCGAGCUGCCUGAGGAGAGCCAGAAAAUCUUUGCAGAUCUCACUACCGAGGGAAUCUCUGUGAUCGAGACCAGCACCCUGACCGAGGAGGGAGUCAUGCAGGUUAAAAACGAGGCGUGCGACAGGCUCCUCUCCCAUCGGGUUGAAAACAAGAUGAAGGGCAAGAAGGUCCACGAUGUCCUCAACAGACUCCACCUGGCCAUGCCCGCCAAGAGGGACGACAAGGAGAGACCUCCGUUCAUCCCAGAGGGGGCCCUGCUGCGCAAGAAGGCGAUGGAGGUGGACGCACCCAAACGCAAACUGGAGAGGGAUCUGGAGGUCGAGCUCGGCGACGACUACAUUCUGGACCAACAGAAAUACUGGGAUCUGAUGAAUGAAGAGGAGAAGAACGAUAGGCUCCCCGAGGUGUGGGAGGGCCACAACAUCGCCGAUUACAUCGACCCUGAAAUCAUGACGAAACUGGAGCUCCUGGAGAAGGAGGAGGAGCUGAAGGAGCAGGCCGGCGAGUACGACUCCGAUGACGAGAGCGAGGACGAAGAGAUGCAGGAGAUCCGGAUCCUGGCCAAACAGAUCCGCGACAAGAAGCAGCUCAUGGUCCGGAAGUCCAAGGACAAGGAUGUGCACGGGCCGCGCAUGCCCAGGACCGCCACCAAGGUUGAAAGAAAGAACCUAGAGAAGGAGAUGGGAGACCUCGGUCUGGACAUGGAGGACAAGGACGAUAGCCACUACGCCCAGCAGGCCCGGCGGUCCCGGAGCGUCACCAAGAAACGCAAGCGGGAAGUUUCCGUCACCCCGCUCUCCAAAACCCGCAGCCAGAGCGCCUCCCGUCCCCCACGAGACCAGUCUGGUCUACGCGAUCCAAAGAUGGCGAGGAAGGCGAAGAACAUGAUGAAGAACUCCCAGAGAGACAUGAACCGCCAAGGCAAGAAGGGCGAGGCCGACAGACACGUGUUUGACCUCAAACCCAAACACCUCCUGGCCGGGAAGAGGAAGUCCGGCACCCACGACCGCAGAUAGAGGGUCUCUGUGUGGACUGUUGAGACCUGGACGCUCUGUUGGGGAAGAGAGGCUUCUGUGUGGAGACAGUAUUUGUGUCUUUAGUCCGUUUAUUUCCCCCAGCAGUAAAACAAAAGAACAUGAGAUGUCUUUCCUUUUUAAGCAAGGAAACUCGUGUAGUAUUUUUGGGACAUGGGAGCGUCAUCUUUGACGAUGUUGGCGCCAUAGAAAUCUGUAAUGCUGCUGGAGGAAAUGUAACUCAUCAGUAAUUAUAACAGGGUGUCUUUUAAUCAACAGUAAAGAUGUCAAGAUCUCAUAAAAUGGAACUAAAUGGAAAAGCAGCGACUCAGAAACCAGUUGUGUAAUAGUUGAUGUCUUAUUUUGAAAUGCAGUUGCCAUGAUAAAAAAAUAAACACCCUGAUUAACAGUAAAAAAAACAUGAAAUAUUGUUGAUUUGAACUGAUAUGCAUAUAAUUUCACAAGUUUUUUCUCUCUUGGCAACAGAAGUUAAGUGAACCCGGAUGCCUUACAGCUUGUAUAUGGCUCAGGAAAUGCUGGGUUUAUUUGGAUAAAGUGAUGUCGACCCUUCCUUUACAGUUCUCCCUUUCAUACAUAUUCACUAACAAUGGAGAGAUUAAUAAAUCUAUACAUG